ACGAACCUCUACGAGAUAGUAGUGGCUAGUAUGAUAUUAAUAAUAAAAGUUAAUUGCUACUUCAUAAUCUAAUUAUAAGAUAUAGCCGGCACUUGGUUGGGAUAUGAUGGAAGACUCCUCUUUAUUUUAGGUAAACUGGUACAAUAGGACGAUCUGUCUUUGCUUGUCCCAUUUUUCGAAGCGAAGCCAAUUUCAAUCCACUCAUACUGGUAUUCUGACAUAGGUCACGAUGUUUUGGUCUGCUCUAUUGUCCGUCGCGGCGCUUGCCGAGGCCUUGCCGCAGACAACUCCGAUAAAGGGUCCCGGAGAUAACAGUUUAGUUCGAUUCGGAUGUAGUCAGGUUGUUAUCGAGAGACUCGAUCCUCUUGUCAAUCCCGGACUCAACCCAUCUCCACACCUUCACCAGAUCGUGGGAGGAAACGCUUUCAACGCUUCGAUCCCCACCACGGACGUCUCUAGUCUCGCUACUUGUACUACUUGCACAUUCAGCGAAGACUUUUCAAACUACUGGACCGCGAAUUUGUACUUCAAGGCCCGAAAUGGUACCUACAAGCGCGUCCCUCAGAUCCCGAAUCGAUUCUUCGAUGGGGAACAGGGUGGUGUUACAAUUUAUUACCUCUCACCGGGUAAGAAGAAGGUCACCGCUUUCAAACCCGGUUUUCGCAUGCUAGUCGGAGACUCUAUGCGACGUGAGAAGAAGGGCUCGGGAUUGAAGUCUCAGAGCUGUUUCCGCUGCUUCACCGGUCCGGAUUUCAAGGGUGACGACUAUUCGCCAUGCGCCGACCCCAAGUUGGAUACCGAGACAUUCCCUUCGGGCCCGUGUCUAGGCGGUAUCCGAUCGAACAUUCACUUCCCGACCUGCUGGGAUGGAGAACGCUUGGACACUCCGAAUCAUCAAGAUCACGUAGCAUACCCUGUGACCGGUCCCUCAUCGUUUGCUACGACCGGCGAGUGCCCGUCUACCCAUCCGAUCAAGAUCCCGCAGUUGAUGCUUGAGAUUGUUUGGGACACGACUGCAUUUAACGACCCCAAUGACUGGCCCGAAGACGGCUCGCAGCCAUUUUAUCUUAGCACGGGCGACAAUACUGGUUAUGGCCAGCACGCGGACUACGUUUUUGGAUGGAAGGAUGAUGCACUCCAAAGACUGAUGGAUGGUGCAUGCUUUGGUAACACAUGCGAGGGUGUCAAGACGCAAGAAUUUACCGAAGCGAACAAGUGCUCUGUGCCGAACACUGUUGAUGAGGUUACCGAAGGAUGGCUCGAGCAGCUUCCUGGAGACGGAAGCGGGGCUUAAAGGCGGUCUGCGAGCAAGCAUUGAUCUCGAUGGAGAAUUAGAUAUGCUAGAUCUGAUAGGUAGCCUCUAGAGAUCUACGAUCUCCUUGUGGUACAAUAAUAAUGCGUCGAAUGUUCGUUACAUUCCGACAUCCCUAUAAA